CAUGUUCAAAAAUGGCCGCCACAUGUGUUUACAUUUUGAAUGCAACACAAUUAAUGUUGCCCGAAUCGUUUUAACUGAUAUGAAAAUCACCGAAGUAAUUUUGACUUGAGACAACAAGAAUGACACAGUUAAGUGUGCGAGGGGUGUCAAUUGACUUUCCCUUUGAACCAUAUGAAUGCCAGAAGGCUUUUAUGGAAAAAGUCAUUGAAUGUCUUCAGAGGGAGAAACAUGGAAUUCUGGAGAGUCCCACAGGAACAGGCAAAACACUCUGUCUGUUGUGUUCUUCUCUGGCAUGGCUUCAAGGUCGUAAGGCUCAAGUUGACCUCAACAAGCAGAUGGGUGUGGCAUCAUUAUUUGGUGACAAGGAAAACCUUCAAGAUGACUUAAUGAAAAAAAUCUCGUCCAAACUCCAGCAAUCGUCUGGUUCUUCAUGGGGUACCAAUGAGUAUGUGGUUCCGAAGAUCAUCUAUGCGUCCAGGACACAUUCUCAGCUGUCUCAGGCUGUUCAGGAGCUGAAGAGGACGACAUACAACACUGUCAACUCCUGUGUCCUGGGAUCCAGGGAGCAGCUGUGUAUUGAUGAGAAAGUCAGCAAGGAAACAAACAACACAUCUAAGGUGCAUAUGUGCAGAGCCAAGGUGCAGGCAAGGCGAUGUCACUACUACAACGUGCUGGAUGAUAUGAAGAAAACUAGUGAAGCCCGUCAGAUUUUGGGCUCUGUCGUGGACAUUGAAGACCUGGUGUCCAAGGGCAAGAAAAACAAGUUGUGUCCGUAUUACAUGGCCAGAGAGCUGAAGUCAGAUGCCGACAUCAUCUUCAUGCCCUACAACUAUCUCCUGGAUCCCAAGUCCAGGAGAGCUCAUGGAGUGGAACUACAAGGCAACAUAGUGAUCUUCGAUGAAGCACACAACUUGGAAAGAAUUUGUGAAGAGAGUGCGUCCUUUGAUCUGAGUUCGGUGGACAUUGCCACAGCCAUGGAAGAGACCACAAGGCUCAUGGAGAAGGUGGUGGAGCUCAGCCAGACCGAGACUCAGGUGUCGGAGCUUGGGGAGUCAGCUGCAGUUGAACCAGAUUUUGAUCUUGAGGACAUCUUGAAACUGAAGGAAACUCUACGACAGCUUGAAGAGAAAAUAGAUGAAAUUCACAUUCCAGGUGGAGGUCAAGGCCUCACAAAGCCAGGCAUGUUUAUGUUUGAGUUGCUAGCCCAGGUGAACAUCACAUUUGAGACCAGAAGUUCUGUGUUGGAUGUCCUGGAUAAGGUGGUGGCGCAUCUCAACAAUGAUGGUUCUAGUAGCAGCCUUCACUCUAAGGGAGCUGGCCUCUCUAAGUUCAUGGACACUCUGAAGAUUGUGUUCAGUCAAGAUGUGGGAAGUAACAUGACCCUUGACCAACACAUGGCAGCCGUAACACAGUCCUACAAGGUGCAUCUGCACCUGAAGGAGAAGAUGAAGAAGAAAACAUCUGACCCUUGGGCAUCGUCUGGCGGUGGGGAGAAACCAGAGAGAGUCCUCAGUUACUGGUGCUUUAGUCCAGGUCACAGCAUGCGUGACCUUCAGUCCCAUGGGGUCAAGGCCAUCAUUCUUACAAGUGGCACGCUCUCUCCCAUUGAGUCAUUCACCAUGGAAAUGCAAAUCCCAUUUGAUGUUUGUUUGGAGAACCCCCAUGUGAUAGAGAAGGACCAGGUGUUCAUCAGUGUCAUCGGCAGGGGCCCCGACAACUCCAUCCUCAAUUCCAACUAUGACAACAGGUUCACUGUUUCCUACCAGACCUCUCUGGGCAACGCUGUAUUCAACUUUGCACGGGUCGUCCCAAAUGGGCUGUUAGUGUUCUUCCCCUCCUACCCCGUCAUGGAGAAGUGUGUGGAGUUUUGGCAGGACAACAACAUCUGGAGCAGGAUCACCCAAUACAAGCCGGUGUUUGUGGAGCCCCGGGGAAAAGUGGCCUUCACAGAUGCCAUGGAUGAAUAUUAUGAAAAAAUUAAUGACCCAACCCAGAAUGGUGCAAUCUUCAUGGCUGUGUGUCGGGGGAAGGUGAGUGAGGGUCUGGACUUCUCCGACAACAAUGGCCGAGCUGUGAUGAUCACCGGCCUGCCCUAUCCUCCCAGGAUGGACCCACGCAUCGUCCUCAAGAUGCAGUUCCUGGAUGAGAUGAAGAGGAAGGCAGGCAGUAAGAGCCUGAGUGGCCAGUCCUGGUACCGCCAACAGGCCUCCCGGGCCGUCAACCAGGCCAUCGGGCGGGUCAUCCGACACAAGCAGGACUUUGGAGCGAUUCUGCUCUGUGACACACGGUUCAGCUCCAGUGAUGCACUGGCCCAGCUGCCUGUAUGGGUGCGGCCCUAUGUAAAGAAGCCCCUCAACUUUGGACACUCCAUCAGAGAUAUGAUGGCUUUCUUCAAGACUGCUCAGAAGUCUAUGCCAGCUCCUUGCAUCAAGAAGAAGUCAACUCACUCUGAGGCAGCCGGGUGUCAGGGAGCCUACUUCAUGCCCACAUUCUCCAGGGGAACCACUCGAGGCAACAUCGAGUAUGAGCAGGCACGAACUAUCCCGUCUCACGUCCCUAGUCUCAGGGCAGGUACAGGGAACCAGUCACAAGCAUUCUCCCAGCUAAGUCAGCAGUACAGAAGCAGUGGAAAGUCUUCACAAUCCAGCACCAGGCAGAGUCUUCUCCAAGCCUUGGAACAUGAUGAGAAACAUGUUGAGGAUUCCAGUGUUUCAUUUGACACCCAGGUUUCAUCACAUCAGCCUGUCAGGCAGAACCCUGCAAAAAAACGCAAGAUUGUGAUCAAGAAGCCAGGAGAGUCUUCCAGCUUGACACUCCAACCAAGCCAGCCUUCCACAGCAGGCCAUCUGAGCAAGGCAGAGGACUACAUCACACAGGUAAAGAAAGUGCUCACAGCUGAAUCGUACAAAGUGUUCUCUCGUGCUCUGCUUGAAUACCGCAAGACCGAGGACUUGACUAAAGUCACCACAGUCCUGGCCGACUUCUUCACCGACAAGACAGACAACUAUCACCUCUUCCGCAAGUUCUACAAGUACACCCGUCCCCAGCACAAACAGGAGUUUCACCAGCUCUGUGUAUCAAUCACCGGACAGGGCUGUGGGUACAAGCCAGAACAUUCUGUGUCCUCGAAGCGGCUCUUGCAGAACACUCAAACUGAGACUGAAAAGAAGAUGAGGCUUGAAGCAACCAUGUCUUCCUGUAGAUCAGACAACCUCCCCCAGUCAACGGGUCAAAAACUGAUGUCAGCACUGCACAGGACCAAACAUGGCCAGUUUGAAGCACAGGAUCACUGUAUCCCCAGCUCUGUGUCUCUGAAUGGGCUGAACACCAGGUGUCAGUCAACUAGUGCUAGCCAGUGUGUGGAGGUGGUGUCUGGUGGUACACCGGGGAAGAAUGGGCAUGACAUCACAGGAUCACAGAUGUCAGACAGUUUGAGGAUUUCACAAACUUCAGGCACUUCAGGGAAUUCACAUACCUCAGGCAGGGAGGGGAUAUUAUGUCUAGCCGAGAGUGGCAGUCAGUCAUCUGGGCAGUCAGAUGGUCUUAGAGUGAAGAAGAUUCAAGCUCUAACAGGGUACACAUGCGGGCUAUGUAAGAAUGAUGCCAACAUCCCGUUCCGAGCCCAGUGUCAGCAUGUCUGCUGUUACAUGUGCUGGAAGCAAGUGUUUCAGAGCAGCAAAGAGUGCCCAGAGUGUGGAAAUCGUGUCCGGCGCCGCCAACUCACCCAGCUCCUGUUUGCCUCGGGGCCCAACCUUCAGGAGUAGGUGGACAUGCUGCAGCAAACACUCUCUCCCAUGUGGAAUGAGGGGAUGUUCUUGAUGGAGUAUGAGAUGUACAUAUUGGUUGAGACCUCACCAACAAUAGGAAGUGAAUCAGGAGUCAACCCUACAAAAUAUUGCCUACUCAUUGUCACUCUGUGCAGGACAACUAACUGUUCAGUUAUGUAACACAUUUUACCAACAAGUUACCUAAAAUUCUUCCACCAGGAGGCACAUUGAUAUAGACUGUUGAUCAGCUGGCUGAAAAGGACAAGUGCAUGUCUCAUCAAGUCCUGUGUACUUCAUGAUCAAGAAAGUUAACGAAGCAGGUUGUGUAGUGCAAUUCAUUUUGAUACCUCACAAUAGACAUAUUGUUUAUCCAAUACCAUGCCCACGUAGUUAAAUCAACCAAGAGGAAGUUUUUUUCAGGGGUUGUUUUGGGCCAAGUUGUUAAAUCAUCCCCGAUAAUCCUCAAAUUGCAAGUAAUCUCUGCUGUAUGACUGUAAGGAUGUUCAAUAACAAACGUGAAAUUGUUGUUCUAAUACUGUAUAUUUCAGCUGUUGGAGUUUCUGGUAUAUUUCAGCUAUUGGAGCGUCUGGUAUAUUUCAGCUAUUGGAGUGUCUGGUAUAUUUCAGCUAUUAGAGUGUCUGGUAUAUUUCAGCUAUUGGAAUGUCUGGUAUAUUUCAGCUGAUGGAGUGUCUGGUAUAUUUCAGCUAUUGGAGUGUCUGGUAUAUUUCAGCUGAUGGAGUGUCUGGUAUAUUUCAGCUGUUGGAGAGUCUGGUAUAUUUCAGGUAUUGGAGUGUCUGGUAUAUUUCAGCUAUUGGAGAGUCUGGUAUAUUUCAGGUAUUGGAGUGUCUGGUAUAUUUCAGCUAUUGGAGUGUCUGGUAUAUUUCAGCUAUUGGAGUGUCUGGUAUAUUUCAGCUAUUGGAGUGUCUGGUAUAUUUCAGCUAUUGGAGUGUCUGGUAUAUUUCAGCUAUUGGAGUGUCUGGUAUAUUUCACCUAUUGGAGAGUCUGGUAUAUUUCAGCUGUUGGAGUGUCUUUUUUUUCAGCUGGUAGGGUAUCUGACAUAGUUCAACUGUUGUGGUUUCUGGGAAAUAUUUCAGCUCCUAGGUGUCUGGUAUAUUCCAGCUGUUGAGGUGUCUGGUAUAUUCCAGCUGUUGAGGUGUGUGGUAUAUUCCAGCUGUUGAGGUGUCUGGUAUAUUUCAGAGUUAUAGUUCAGACUUUUGGACAGUAGACUUAUACAGUCAGUUAUCCCUUUCCUUGGGAAUGUGAGUGUAUAUAUAUGAACUAUGAGAUGUGUAUGUUCACAGUGUGUUGGAAAUUGGAAGCAUGUUUACCAGUCUUUCAUCAUUACAAUACAUGCCCCAGGAUCAGUUAUGCUCAUUACUCUUGAUCAAAAUUAGGCACCUGUUUAUGUGAAAUUCCUACCUCAUGGAUGUCAAGUGACAAGAGGCUAAUGAAGUACAAUACCGUUUGGCUCACAUUGACCUCACAAUAGACAAACGUGAGAAUGUGACAUGACAAUGCUGCAAGACUGUCAGUUGGGUUAAUGUUGCAAUGUCACUCUGCAGGCAUGCAAUCUCAAACUUCAUAUGCAAGAGUGAUUCCACAUAACAUGAAUUGGCAUGAUUUACUUCCUUCAGUGCACAGCUGCACUGGUUAAUUAUUAGCUGCUGGUUUCAGAUUUGCAUGUCUGAAGUUUAAGAUAACAGAUUACAUUCCAUGCGUAAGUGAUAACACUUUCCAAGGGACAUACUUGGUAACUCCGUGGCUCCUUAGAUCAGUAAUUGGAGGGGGAGCUCCCUGGCUCCUUAGAUCAGUAGUUGAAGGGGUUUCCCUGGCACCUUAGAUCAGUAGUUGGAGGGGGAGCUCCCUGGCUCCUUAGAUCAGUAGUUGAAGGGGUUUCCCUGGCACCUUAGAUCAGUAGUUGAAGGGGGAGCUCCCUGGCUCCUUAGAUCAGUAGUUGAAGGGGUUUCCCUGGCUCCUUAGAUCAGUAGUUGAAGGGGGAGCUCCCUGGCUCCUUAGAUCAGUAGUUGAAGGGGUUUCCCUGGCUCCUUAGAUCAGUAGUUGGAGGGGGAGCUCCCUGGCUCCUUAGAUCAGUAGAUCAGUAGCUCUUGUCCUAUUUAAUGCAACAGGAGCACAUAGGUGUUAUAAGGCAUCAAUACCUGGCCUCACCGCAACCACCUGGGCACUGAUGUAGUCAUUCCCACUGCCGUGUAACCAUGCAUACACUUGUUUAUUGUAUACAGUAAUUUUGUACUUCUUUACAAACAACAGCCUGUACAUGUGUUUGUAGUGGAUGACAUAUAUUGUUGUGUAUAUACUGAGAACUGAGAUAGUGCAUCGCUUGUAGCGCAAGAAAAACAAACCCAGCAUGUGGGAUGUGAGGCGGUCUGAAGGUGUACUGUGUCAGUGCUUGAAUGAAUCUCGGUACUGUUGAAGUGAAAGGCCUCUUGAAGAGUAUUAAUUAGACAUAGUGCCUUUGUCUGGAGCUGGCAGUCCUGACGAGCUGAGGUGCUGGUUCCACUUAGAGAACAACCUGCAAGCUACAUCCUUGAUCUGUUCUCACGGAUGGAAUUUUUUAGCCUUUCUAAAGGACAUGCAGUGUUUCUUCACAAGGGCCAGAUAUUCUGCAAAUGGGCAAUACUUUGUUGGUUGUCGUUAUACAAGAAUAUGAAGUAUUUAUGAUUGAGUUGUAAGAAGGGUUUUCUUUAUGUUAGCCAGAGUAUUGCUUUUAAGAAAAUGUAAAUACAAAUGAAGGUUUGUUGAUGACAUAGUCAUUCGAUUAAUCAACCUCACAAAGUCACAAAAUUUCUUGUGACAUCCUAAUGAAUGAUGACAUCAUCUUAAUUUGUUGUGACAAAUUCAUUGGUUUGACAUGUUUUACUAGGGCUGAAUGUUUCACAAGCAAAUAACUGUACAAUAGGCAUCAAUUUGGGAGUUGGCGUGAAGCAACAAAUGAAUUUAUGAGUGAGACUUAACUAAAAUUAUAGCUAAAAUGGAUAGAAUUAUCAUUAAACAGCCCGCGUGUUAUCAGAAACGAGUGGGCCACUGUAACUUGAUAAUGCCCUCAUAGUGCUUUGAUGACAGGCCAUUAUCACGCCCGUUGUGAGGUGAUGUCAUAGGAUAGGGAUAGGUGACAUCAUCUGGUUUGUUCUGUGACGUUUCCAUAUUUGUAAAAGUGGGUCAGUGACAUUUAUUGUGUGUUGAUUGCAGUAAAUGUUUAAAAACCGAUAUUGAUGUUAAUUUUUAAUUGAUUACAAAUUCUAUCCAUUUUCGCUGUGAUAACGGUAACUCUAUUUUUCAGGACAUUGUCAUUUGCAGAAGCCCUUGGUCUUUUCAACUGCCAUCCUUUGUCGGGCAGUUAAUGGAAGACCUCAGGCUUCUGCAAAUUAUAAUGCCCUGUAAAAUAGCAUGUUUUUUUUACCGUUAUAUUGUUUCCCUGAUCCCCUGAUGUGUAGGGUGCACUGCUGCAACCACACACAGGCUAUAUAUAUAUGUGCAACAUAUGGCCUCCAACAGUAAAGGUUUACCCACCAA